AGCUCUCGAGCGGUUGAGAAGGGCUAGGCGCCGCGAUCACAGUCAUGGCCACGGCCGUCCCCACCACGUUCGGGCAGGCGGUGAUCGGGCCUCCGGGCUCAGGGAAGACCACGUACUGCCUAGGCAUGAGCACCUUCCUGGCCGGGCUGGGCCGGCAAGUAGCCGUGGUCAACCUAGACCCGGCCAACGAAGGCACGCCGUACGCAUGCGCCGUGGACAUCGGCGAGCUUGUGACACUACCCGACGUGAUGGAGGCGCUCAAGCUGGGGCCCAACGGCGGCCUCGUGUACUGCAUGGAGUAUUUGGAAGCCAACCUGGACUGGCUACACGACCGUCUGGCGCCGCUCCGCGGCCACUACCUGCUCUUCGACUGCCCCGGCCAGGUGGAGCUGUGCACGCACCACGGCGCCCUGCGCAGUGUCUUCGCGCAGCUAGCCCGGUGGGGUUUCCGGCUGACUGCUGCCCACCUUGUGGAUUCUCACUACUGUACAGACCCAGCCAAAUUCAUCUCUGUGCUGUGCACCUCCUUGUCCACCAUGCUGCAUGUUGAGCUGCCCCAUGUCAACAUCCUCUCCAAGAUGGACCUCAUUGAGCAGUUUGGGAAGCUGGCGUUCAACCUGGAUUACUACACUGAAGUCCUAGACCUCACCUAUCUGCUUGACCACCUGGCCUCAGACCCCUUCUUCCGCCAUUACCGACAGCUCAAUGAGAAGCUGGUGCAGCUGAUUGAAGACUAUAGCCUCGUCUCUUUCAUCCCUCUCAAUAUCCAGGACAAAGAAAGCGUCCAGCGGGUGCUGCAGGCAGUGGACAAGGCCAACGGCUACUGCUUCGGUGUGGCUGAGCAGCGGAGUCUGGAGGCCAUGAUGUCUGCUGCAGUGGGAGCUGACUUCCACUUCACCUCCACCCUGGGGAUCCAGGAGAAGUACCUUCAGACCCCAGAAGAAGAUUCAGUGGGACAAGAAGAUAUGCAUUCAUAGUGGCACCCCUGGAUCCAGAACAUGGUGGCUCGUGGCAAACAGGCCCUAGAGCAGGGCCAGACAAGGCCUCAGGGAUCUGGAGCCGGGACCUACAGUGGCCCAGCAAAGGACUCCAAAGCCCCAACAGGGAUGCUCUGAGGUAGACUGCAGGCCAUGACCAAGUGGGCAGAGGUGGGCAUCUGGCCUCUCUGCAGUGGGCUGGCCUUGGUGCGCCCACCGUGGGGAACAAAGUAUCCUUUCACCCCCACCCCCGGGACGGGUUCACUUACUGCGAAAAUUCCUUUAAAUACACAGGAUUU